AUGGCAAAAAAGGAUGCCAAACCAAGAUUGAUUUGGUGGGUUUUGUUGCAAGAGUUUAACUUUGAAGUCAAGGAUCGGAAAGGGACAGAAAAUCAAGUUGCGGAUCACCUAUCUAGGCUUGAGGAGGUAGGGACACCAAAAGAAGACCUUGAAAUCAAUGAUGCUUUUCCAGAUGAACACAUAUUGGCAUUAUCUAACACAUUUGCUCCUUGGUAUGACGACAUCGCUAACUUAUUGGUUAGUGACCUUGUUCCCGCUAGAUUGGAAGGUUAUCAAAAGAAAAAGUUCUUGGGGGAGUGUAGGCAUUACUAUUGGGAGGAACCCUUUUUGUUCCAUAUUUGUGCUGACAACAUCAUCAGGUGGUGUGUUCCGGAAGAUGAGGUAAUGCCAAUUCUCAAGGCAUGCCAUGAUUCUCCAGUUGGGUGUCAUCAUGGAGGAAAUCAGACGGUGGCAAAAGUUGAGGCAAUCACCUUACCUAACAAUGAAGUAAGGAGUGUGACCGCAUUUUUGAAGAAGAACAUAUUCACAUGGUUUGGUAUUCCAAGGGCCAUCCUGAGUGAUAGUGGGUCUCAUUUCUACAACAAGGCUUUCGUCGGGAUGCUUGAAAAGUAUCGUGUAAAGCACAAGGUGGCCACACCCUAUCAUCCUCAAUCGAGUGGUCAGGUUGAUGUUUCUAACAGAGAAAUCAAAAACAUCCUAGCUAAAACUUUCAAUGCAAACAGGACCGAAUAG